UUAGUGGCUUGGUUUUUUUCCCGGACACUUGGCCAAACCAUUCAGUCGUUCGUUGGCCAUACGCCAAUGCGGUGUUUUUAACUGCUAACGGUACUUUAAAAAGAAGAAAAGUGAAGCUUAUCAAGAAAUGAACUUAAACGAAUAUCGAAGUUUUUGUAAAUUUCAAGCGUCUGCGAAAACGAAAGAACAGCAAAAAAUGCGCACAAGUACAAAAGAAUUGUUGUUUUGAAAACGAGGUUUCUACUUGGUUCGGUGUACGAAUUUAAUCAGGAAAGAAAGAAAAGUUGAAACCAGAAAGUAACAAUUGAAUGAAAGUUUAUUGACACAACAGCGCCAAAUUUACUGAGAUUUCGGAAGUAAGAAAAGUACUCGUACAAACAAUAAUAUCCAUGUGGUGCUAUAAUUACUAUAUUUACUUUGGCAAUUUUGUGGCUUAAGUGAUUUUGCACUUAUUGGCUGACAUCGCAGUAGCGAAACACUUAAUUGUUGAAUUUGACAAAUUGAUCGUGCGGUAUCCGAGAACUCCACGGUGUGCAUAUUGUUGAUGACAAAUUGUGGGUAGUUCUAAGGUCAUAACUAAAGACUUUUGCAACAUACUUAUUGUGCCGCGAACAUUUCGGUGAAGCACUAAAUUUAAAUAGAAAUACUAAAGGUGAUUUUAAAUUGUAUAAAUAAAUAAUCGAUAUUUACUGUUGUUGCCAUAUUUGGAUUAAAGGAUUAAAGUUGUUACGGGCCAUUUCUGUAUUGCCAACAAUAAAGCGAGCGGGCACUGCACAUAAUAUUCUUGCUGUCAUUCUGAAGUUUAAUAAAAUGAUUUUGAGACUAUUACUAUUCACCGCGGCCAUAUCAGCGCCAUACCUCAACACAUUUGCACAAUUUCAACAUUUUGGUGAGCACCUCAACACUCAUACCGGCAGCGAAUGCGCAUUGGUACUCUCUGGACCCGGACGCUCAUCAGUCUAUGAUUACAAUGUGAAUCUAUUCCGUGGCACAAUAAAUCCCUACACAGCAGAAAGCACCUGCAUAACUUAUGAUGCAGUGAACGCCGCCUAUUUGGACGCUCGAAAGCGAAUUCAUGUGGCGCAGCCGAAAGGUGAUUGGAAAACUGAAGAAUUGGCUACAGUCGGUGAGCUGCUGCUGGACAUUUCGAUACAGUUAGCGAGGACUUACGGACUGUCUUAUGAAGAAAUAGAAAAGGGUCUGCCCACUAUUGACACAUCGAAAACCCUCAUUCGUGAUGUGUGCCCACCUUUCUUUGCGGGAGUUGAGUGUCGGCCGGGAAAAUAUCGUCGCUUCGAUGGGCUGUGCAAUAAUAUUGAUCAUCCCACUUGGGGUGCCACCAUGGCGCCGUUCCAGCGUCUAAUUGGUCCAUUAUAUGCGGAUGGUAUUAACGCACCGCGCAUUUCAGUCACCGGACAUGAUUUACCAAUUUCUCGUAUUGUUUCGCGCACAAUGCAUCCAGAUGACGGCUAUCACGACCACGCUGGUACUGUGAUGGUGAUCGCUUGGGGACAAUUUAUGGAUCACGAUUUUACACUUACGGGUACACCGCUGGAUCCAAUCAAUCGAAAUGAUCCGGAAGAAUGCUGCAAACGUCCACUACACCUUAAGCAUCCAUAUUGCAAUGAGAUUCGGGUUCCAGACGAUGACUACUUCUAUCGGCUCUUUAAUGUUAAAUGCAUUGACUUUGUACGCGCUUUUCCAUCACCACGGCCCGGCUGUCGAUUAGGCUCCCGCCAACAAUUCAAUACACUCACUGGUGUGAUUGACGCCAAUACCGUAUACGGUGUUACGGAAAAAUUCGCUCGUAAACUUCGUACCGGCUAUGGUGGUUUAAUGCGUAUGAACCCCGUCUUCCAAGAAUAUGGGCUUAAAGAUUUGUUGCCAUUGAAGCUGGACAUACCCGAUGAGGGAUGCACCCGUCCGAACAAAAGCAUGUUUUGCUUUGAAGGAGGUGAAAUUCGGGUGAACGAGCAGCUGGUGCUAACGUGCAUGCACACAUUAAUGGCGCGCGAACAUAAUCGCAUAGCGACCGCAUUAGGUCAAAUAAAUAAGCAUUGGGACGAUGAAACGAUUUUCCAAGAAGCACGUCGCAUCAAUAUUGCUAUUGUGCAACAUGUUACUUAUAACGAGUUCUUACCGAUAUUGUUGGGCAAAGAGGUGAUGGAGAAAUUCGGUUUGGUGCUACAGAAAGAUGGCUACUGGGAUGGUUAUGACUCUAAAAUUAAUCCUGGUAUUAUUGAUGCUUUUGCUGGUGCUGCAUUCCGUUUUGGACACUCUUUGUUACCCACCGCUGUGGAACGUUGGUCUAAGGCACAUAAAUUUAUAGCCUCGAAACGUUUAUCGGAUUUAAUUCGUCGGCCGUAUGACUUAUAUCGCGCUGGUGUGCUAGAUGAAUAUUUUAUGGGUUUGAUGAAUCAAGUGGCGCAAGCGAUGGAUGACUCAAUUACACAGGAGGUAACGAAUCAUCUCUUCAAAAAAGAGGGUGCACGAUACGGAUUGGAUUUGGUGGCAUUUAACAUGCAGCGUGGACGUGAAUUUGGUUUGCCUGGUUAUAUGGAGUUCAGAAAGUUCUGUGGCCUGCCCACCUCGACAUCGUGGGAGGAAAUGUUUGGAUCAAUGCCAAACGACACAAUUGUUCGUUACGAAAGCAUUUUUGAGCAUCCAGCUGAUAUUGACCUUUGGUCGGGCGGUGUUUCAGAGAAGCCUUUACCGGGUUCUAUGCUGGGACCCACUUUUGCAUGCGUUAUCGCCACUCAAAUGAGUUACUCUCGCCGGGGCGACCGUUUCUGGUAUGAGCUUGCGAAUCAACCUUCAUCUUUCACUCCCGAACAGUUGCAGGAAUUGCGAAAGGCAAAACUAUCACGUCUUAUAUGUGAUAACACUGAUCUUAUCGAUACUGUACAGAUCUAUCCUAUGGUGUUGCCAGAUCAUGAAAUUAAUCCAAGGGUGCCUUGCAAGAGCGGCAUUAUUCCAUCAAUUGAUCUGACAAAAUGGGCCGACUACUCUAGUCCCGAAGUAGGACAUCAGCCAGUUUACAACUUUAUUAAUGAAAUACCUGACACAUUGCUGAAUUUUAAGAAAAAAUAGGCAGCAGUAUGAAGCUGUAUAAUUGGAUCACGAACGAGAUGAAGCAAACGUUUAUUUUAAUUUGUUGAUUUUAUUUUUGGAAUUUAACGUUAGUAUCAAAUUUUGGGCGUUAAACAACUAAAAAAAGUUCUCAAGGCAUAGAGAUUUGGAACGAAUAGCAUUAUUACAUUUUUUUCUUUCAUCACAUUUCUACAUUCAAAAGCAAAUACUCACUAUUUAUGUACAAUACAUACUUACAUUAAUAAGUACUAACCUCUCUAAGUCACUUUGUUGUCUUCCAUUAGAAAAUAAGUGUCAAAUGUUUAUCAUUUACUCGUACAUACAUACAUUUAUUGCUUAUAUAGCAGCUUUAUUGUUUUCUCACUCCAAUAAACUACAAUUUUCGGACUAUUUUGGGUUCGUACAUUUGCAAACAUUUUCUACAUGCAUUUUGUCUGCUCGAUACAUAAAUAUAUACAAAGUUGUACCGUGGCACCGCCCACUUUUAGGUGAAAACCCAUAUCUUGGGAUCUGCUUAAUUGAUUUCAACCAAAUUCGGUACAUAACAUUCCUCUCAUAAUUCUAUGUUAUAGUGCGAAAAUCGGACUACAACCACGCAUACUUCACAUAGGUAUAACAAUAUUUUAAAUUCCAUCUGAUUCUUUUACUUUACAGUAUGCAAAUCGAGCACCAAUGAAUGUAUCAGGAUAAAACUUUGCAUGAAUAGUGCCUUUAAGUUGGGCGACCUUAUUACCAAAAAUUGUCUAAAUCGGACUAAAAUUAAUCAACCCCCCAUAUAUUGAAUAUGUGAACCCCAGUUCCUACAGCGAACAUUUGAUCGAAAAUAUCGGUCAACCUGUGAGAUAUGUUAUAGAAAUAGAAGAGGAUCCUUAUUUGAUAAUAUUAUGCCUUUAUGUCAAAAAUGGGUUGUAUCGGGCAAUAAUUUCUUUAGCCCCCAUAUACCUAAUGGAAUGAUUUUUGAACUACUGGCUGACUUUAUAUCGCAAAUGUCAGCAAAUAAACAGUUACCUUUGCAAAAUUUACUGGAAUUAUAAUAUUGGAUAUACUAUAGUUUAAUACCGAAAAUAUGAGAAAUUCUUUCACAAAUUACCCACCCAAUUCUCUUUGUAUGGACCCUGUCUUUGAUCCUGGCAAAUUCCAAGAGUAUGAAAUGUUCGGUUACACCCGAACUUAGCUCUUCCUUACUUGUUUAGUUAUUGUUUUCUUAAAUUUCCUUAGUACAUGAACGUUUGUUGAAUUGUUUUUUUUUUUCUUAAUAAUUAUGUACAUAUUUAAUAUAAAUAGCGAAAUUUAAGCGUACGCACAUACAUAUUGCAUAAAGAUUGUUCUUCAUUAACGAGUAUAUAUAAAGUGAAUUUUAAGAUAUGAUGAAUUUGUUAUAAUCUGUAUAAAAAAU